AUGUCUCUCGCAGACGACUGGCAGAAGAAGCUCGUGGGAAAGAAGUUCGUCGACAACGAGGCGGAGAGCGUUGGUGGUGAUACAUUCACUUCAUCCAGUCUCCCCAGUCCCAGUCGGGUCUUGAGAAGUGACGAUAUGAUGACUAUGGAAUAUGUUGCGGAUCGAUUGAAUGUUCAUCUGGACGAUAACAGUGUUUGUAGCCAUGUGUCGUUGGGAUAG